CUGCAUAUGCGAGCGGGAUGCGCAAGUACCAAAGUUGACAUGCAUAUACAUACAUAUGUAUGUACGUAUCCUCAUUCCUCCCGAAUCAUUAAUGCCGUACGUAUUACAGGCUUAUGUUCAAGGUGAUGCCGUAUUGGGUAAAAUCUAGGUGGUUAGAAUGGGCGGCCGGAACGUAUUCCCUACCCACUUGCACCCACUUGGCAUCCACUCAAACCACCGACAUGAUGGCACGAUAUUUGACAGGCCAGGCACCUUACAGGCACCAUAUAGGGACCAAACCAAAAGCAGCUUUAGGUGACCUGCAGAUAGAUUGCAGAAAUUCAAAUGAGCCGUCAUGCCGGUCGACCCACCCAAGCCACCGUCGUCGCAUGGGCUUGCAAGCCACCGACGAGUUUACGAAAGAGGGGAUGGGGGAAGACCCCUGAAUUCGCCCCUGUAACAGAUUUCUUCUUGCAUCGCAUCGCCUCGUGUUAUCAUCAAACCAACAUGGUACCAAUGCCCUUCCGGUGGAUGAUUCAAGGAUUGUUGCUCCGGGGGCUGCUUAAACAAACUCAUCUUAACACUGUAGUAACGUAAAGACUUGACCUCCUAGGCAAUCAAGGAUCUGACAGCCAAUAAAUUUUGAUUAAAAUACGGGUGUUUACCGCUAAAUU